GCAGGCUGGAAUAGAAUCGAAACACUCCCCCAUGACAUCACGCCCUCCCGCCCACAUUUUGGUCACAUGGCUUUGUGACAUCACAACCUUCUCCUCGUCGCCCUAUUCUUGCACGUUCCGGUGUGUCUGUGCUGGGGGAUAUCCGCCGGCCUUCGAUUCUUAGCCCCAGGGAGACACGCGAGCCGUUGAGUGACGUGGGUGGAUCCAGCCGGAAAACCUUAGCCUGCCAACAUGGCUGAGGCUCAGCCUUCAGGGCCAUCAAAACAUAACCCUGAUGCAGCUGACUUUAUCCCCAGAGAGAGACCAAGCACCAACUCAGGUUGGAGAAGUAAUGUAAACCGAAAUUGGAACAGACAAACACCACCUUAUCAAAGUCAACCUCCUAGGGAGACAAACCAUGAAAAUCCAGCACAAAAACUUCGCACAAGCUUAAGCAAGACUAGUGAAAUAUGUCAGCAGGGUUCCACAGAUACCAGCUCAGGCAAGCCUCUAAAGAACCACAGCUUUCAGAACCAGAGAUGGCAAAGGUCAAGAAGUGAAAGGUCACAUACUAGAAGACAACCACUUUCAGAUGCAUCAGUUAGGCCCUCAUUUGGUGGCGGCACACCUCUUGGGGACUGGCGCAUAAGGACAAGAGAGCCGAGUGAUUUAUGUUCAUCUGAAAGUGAAAAGGAGGUUGGUAGUGCAGACAGCAGAGGAGCUAAACCGAAAAGAUUGACACAUGUUUCAGGAGGCUCCCUAAGGGGCCCCAGAGACAGAAUAAGACAUUCGUAUGACAGAGAAAAAAGGUUACCUCCAAAACAAAGAGGGGAGGAUAUGUUUGAGAACAUCCCACCUCGAGAUGCAAAAUCUGUAUCAUCUAAGGAGGUGGUUUUUAAAACACGGCUCGAGAGGUAUGAUGGUGUUGUGGGAAGUGAAGAAAAACAAAGGCAUCCGUGUUCUUCAAAGAAGACUCAGCAUGAGUCUUUGGAUUGGAAUAAACCACAAGAUGGAAAGGUAGUUAAGCCAAUUGAACCACAUGGCAGCAAAACACCACGGCAUGAAAAUACUUUGGUUGCAACAUUUGCAUCAAAAGACAAGAAAACUGAUAGGGUAAAAGAGUCCCGUCUUACUAACACAUGCCAAGAACCAAAGCAUCAUAGUCUAUGGGGCACUGAUGGUGACAAAUAUUUAGGAAGAAAACACCAGUCUCAGACUCAAGACAAUAUGCCUAAAAAGUCAAUGCAGCAAGGGUGGAAUAGACCAUGGAAUAAGAAGGAAGUACCAAAGACUAAGGAAACACAUACAGGCUCUCUGAUUGAACAGUUGACCGCAGAGAUAUAUGAGUGCAUGGUCUGCUGUGAAGUGGUACGGUUUAUGGCCCCAGUGUGGAGCUGUCAGAGUUGCUAUCAUGUUUUCCACCUUAACUGUAUCAAGAAAUGGGCCCGGUCCCCUGCAUCACAAGCAGAAGAUGGAAACAGCGGAUGGCGAUGCCCUGCAUGUCAGAAUGUCUCCUCUCGUGCCCCUAGUAGCUAUAUCUGCUUUUGCGGCAAAGUGAACAACCCUGAAUGGAACAGAAACGAGAUACCUCACAGCUGUGGUGAGCUCUGUCGGAAGAAGCGCUCAGGCCUGGAUUGCCCUCAUCCGUGCAAUAUCCUCUGUCAUCCUGGACCAUGCCCAUCAUGCCCAGCAUUUGUAACAAAAUCUUGUCAGUGUGGAAGAACAAGCCAGUCUGUACGUUGCGGGCAGUCCACCACCUUUCACUGCACAAAUGUUUGUGGAAACCUGUUAAACUGUGGAGAACACAGCUGUACUCAUGUGUGUCAUGCAGGAAAGUGUCAGUCAUGUCAGCAAAUUGUACAUCAAGCCUGCUAUUGUGGUGGAAGCUCUCGUGAUGUUCCUUGUGGAACUGACAAAGAUAACUAUGAUGGCUUUGGAAAUUUCUCCUGUCAGAAGCAUUGUGGCAAGAAACUAAAUUGUGGAAAGCAUGGCUGUACUGAAGUAUGUCAUCCUCAGCCUUGCCAACCGUGUCCAAGGCUUCCUCAAAUAGUACGAUUCUGCCCCUGUGGACAAACUCUCUUGAGCAAACUGUUGGAUCUUGGAUGCAUAGAUCGUAAAAUCUGCACUGACCCUAUACCUUCCUGUGGAAAGACUUGUGGAAAGCCUCUACAAUGUGGCUCUCAUGACUUUAUCCAUACUUGUGAGAGCCUUUGUCAUGAAGGAGAUUGUGGGCCCUGCUCUCGUACUUCUAAUAUAUCUUGCCGAUGCAGCUUUAAAACAAAGGAGGUUCCAUGCUCUCUGCUGCAGAAUGAAGGGGAUUUUACUUUUAUGUGUGACAAACGAUGCAACAAAAAACGUCAGUGUGGCCGCCAUAAGUGUAAUGAAAUUUGCUGUGUGGACAACGAACACAAGUGCUCCUUAGUUUGCGGACAUAAAUUAAAUUGUGGCCUUCACAGAUGUGAUGAACCAUGUCAUCGUGGGAACUGUCAAAAUUGUUGGCAAACGAGUUUUGAUGAGCUCACGUGUUACUGUGGGGAAGCUGUUAUCUUUCCUCCUGUCCAUUGUGGAACACGACCUCCUGAGUGCAAAAAACCCUGCACUCGACAGCAUGAGUGUGAUCACCCAGUUUUCCAUUCAUGUCAUAGUGAGAAGAAAUGUCCCCCAUGCACAUAUCUUACACAGAAAUGGUGCAUGGGAAAACAUGAGAUUAGAAAUAAUAUUCCAUGUCACCUUACUGACAUCUCAUGUGGUCUGCGCUGCAACCAACUCUUAAAAUGUGGCAUGCACAAAUGUAAACGCAUCUGCCACAAGGGGGAAUGCUUGAUAAACGAAGACUGUAAACAACCGUGUGCUUUGCAGAGACUAGACUGUGGUCAUCCAUGUAUGGCCCCAUGCCACCCUGCUCAGCCCUGCCCACCUUCUGUUUGCAAUGCAAAGGUUGAAUUACAGUGUGAAUGUGGACGAAGAAAAGAGAGUGUAGUAUGCUCUGUGGCGUCUUCUGCUUAUCAAAGGAUAACGGCUAUAACCAUGGCUACAAAACUUACGGAAAUGCAGCUUGGGGAUUCUGUGGAUAUUGGAAGAUUUGUCACAAAAAAAGAAAUAAAGCAAACAAGGCUGCAGUGUGAUGAGGAAUGCAUGGCCUUGGAAAGAAACAGACGUUUGGCAGAGGCUUUGAAUAUUUCAGAGAAUUCAGAUCCUUUUAAUACACGAUCUGGGUCAAAAUACACUGAUAGCUUGAAAGAGGAUGCUAGGAAAGACCUAAAGUUUGUCUCUGAAAUCGAAAGAGAAAUUAAAGCUCUUGUGGAUGCUGUCAACAAGGGGAAGCAAACAAAAAAAAGUCACUGUUUCCCACCAAUGAACAGAGACCAUAGGAAACUUAUUCACGACUUAGCUGAGCUUUAUUGUGUAGAAAGUGUGAGCUAUGACAGUGAGCCUAAACGCAAUGUUGUGAUCACAGCUAUCAAAGGCAAAUCCAUGUGCCCCAAUGUUGCCCUUAUGACUGUUUUGGAAAGGGAGAUCCAGACAAGACCACCACCACCCAUUGCACAUUAUAGGCACCAGACGGAAAGAAGCAACGGUAAUAAUGUAAGAAGACUUUCUAGAGAUGAGCCAUCAAUCGACUACUUUGAUGUGCAAGACUAACCGAUGCAACACACUAUACAAGACUGAAGAAUGUAUUCGGUGGAUGCAACAGAGAUUCAUGAAAUCUUUUCAUUAUGCUGUAGUCAGCUGUACAGUGUGUCACGGAAAUGAAGUACUUGCAGAACUGUGUUUAAGUGGAAAAAUUAUUGGUGACAGUAAAAAAAUGACACAAUGUUCGCAAUGUCCUAAUGUAUUUUCAGAAGUGAGCAUUACAAUAGUAAGAUUUGCUUUGUUGUUAUACUGACAAUUCUGUCUCCUUGAAAGUUUUGGGAGACAACUAAAAUGUCAAAAUUGGCUUUAACAUCUAGUGAACAUGGAUGUCAUAUUCAUCUUAAAUAAAUUCAUGUUUUCAGUUUGUGUUGUGGCAUGAUCAGCCAUCUCAGAAAUGGCAGCCUGGCUGACAUUCACAUGAGUGUCCCACAGUUUUCUGCUGAUUCUUUCAGCUUCACCAUAAAAAAAAUAUUUAUACAGUAUGGGAUUCGUUAUCCAGAAACCCAUUAUCCAGAAAGCUCCAAAUUAUAGAAAUGCGGACUCCCAUAGACUCCAUUAUAUUCAAAUAAUCCAACUUUUUUUAAAAAAAUUACCUUUUUCUCUGUAUUAACAAAACUGUACCAAUAUAACUAAUCCAAAUUGACAUAAUGUUUACAUGAUUUUCUAGUAGACUUAAGGUACGAAGAUCCAAUUUACAGAAAGAUCCACUAUCUGGAAAACACCAGGUCCCGAGCAUUCUGGAUAACAGGUCCUAUACCUGUAAUUUUAUCUUUCAUUCUAAACCGCAAUCCAUUUUUAAGAUCAAUUAAAUCCUUACCUAUAAAUCUGUAUCCAAGGCCAUUGUUGUUUUUCUAAAUUACAGAUAUAGUUGCUGCAAAAUAAAAGGGGGAAAAAGCACAAAGGGCUUGCUUUUUAUAUACUUCUGGCUAUAGUAAAGUUAAAUAAUUCAUGGCUUUGUAGCAAGAAAUUUGCCUUAUCAUUUGCUGCAAAAGUGAAGAAGCAUAUUUUCAGUAUAACUUUGAUUAGUUUAUUUUCCUUAUAUUAAAGUGAUAUUACUAUAUAUAUAUUUAGAGAGAGAGA